AUGGAAGAGGGGGUCACAUACGCCGAUCUGCGCUUGCCCCCCACACCAGCUCCUCAGCAGCCGGUGCGACUGCCCUGGUGCUGGGCAGCCCUCAGCCUGGCUGUCCUGUCCCUGCUGCUCCUCCUGGCACAAAUCAUCCUUGCCGGCUUGAGCUUCCACUAUUUAGGACAACAGGCUAGCUGUACCCAUGGUCCCUGGAGCAUGGAGGAGAGCCUCAGCUAUGGACAAAAGACACUGCAAGGGCAAUGCCAGUUCUGCCCAGCUGGCUGGCUCUGGGAUGCGGGGCGGUGCUACUACUUCUCCUCUGCCAGAAAGACCUGGGAGCAGAGCAGAGACGACUGCUGCUCCAGGCGAGCACAGCUGGUCACCAUCCAAGGCAACACCACCCUGGCUUUCCUGGUGCGCACAGCCAACAGGGAGAUCUUUCAUGUGGGGCUGAAGCGGGAUGGCUACAGAUCUGACUGGAAGUGGCUGGACGGCACUGCACUGAAGGGGCUCUUCUCAAUCCAGCGCUACACCAGCUCUUUCACUGCCUGUGGCAGGGUGUCAGGCUCCGGACUAUCAGGUGGUCUGUGCAAGGACGCCCUUGGCUGGGUCUGCGAGCAGGACGCAGCCACCCUGCAGUGGCUCCGGUCCACACCCCCUGCCUUGCUCUGGGGAAACACCACCUACACUUGUGUGGGGCCCUGA